AUGGCGUACCGUCUCGACCGGAUCCUCAAGGGUCCGCCUCGUGCCGACGCCGAUGCCCCGCGGACGGGAGCACCGAACGAGGGACCGGGCAGGUCUCUUGAGAGGCAGCAGAGGGGGUCGUCCCCUCGCCGCUCCCGUGUCGAUAUCCCUCCCGCGCCGGCUCAAAGUCGGUUGAAGCGGAUGCUCGAGCAGGCCCAGCCCUCGUUGGUCAAAAGGCUUAAAGUAGGAGCGGCAUCCAAAGGUUCAGGCUCCUCCGACCCUCGACUGCCGAUCGGUGCCGAGAGCGCCCCGCCCCGUCCCUUGAGGAAGAUGGAGGAGGAGCGCGAGCAGGAGACGUGGCGGCUGCCGCAGGAGGAGCAGCGGCUGCAGCAGAAAGAAGUAGAGGAAGGGCAUCCGCCAGCAGGUCCCCAGCUCGAGGAGCUACUAGAGCAGGAUCGUCAACGGGAGCUGCAAGAGCUCCAGGAGCAGCAGCAGCUGAGGGGCCAGCAAUUGGAGGAACUGCUCGAGCCUCCCUCUCACAGUCCGCCCCAACCAGCGCCACCAGCGCCGCAAGAGCCUAGAAACCAGGAGGAGGGUCUGCCAGUUUUCGGUCCUCCAACCCCGGCGUGGCUCCGUCCAGGGGCACCCGCCUUGAUCCCAGCAGAGUCAGGGCGAGCGGACGGCGUGGUCGCGCUCGCUUCUAUGAUGCGCACCCCCGUUGACCCCCAAUCCGAGAUCAGGCGUACGAUCUAUGGCAUGGAUGGAAUCGCUUCGAGAUUCCUUCGAGAGCGUCGGUCGUGGGAGGACUGCAUUCCCGCUGAGGAGGAUGAGGCUGGAACGUCAAGUGGUGGUGGAGGCAGCAAGACCGGGACCUGGAAGACGGAGAAGAAGCAGAGGGAGGCCGCCCUGGCUGAGGCUCGGGAGGCCUCGAGGAAGGUGGUGGAUGAGGCCACGCUGUUGAGGGAGCGGGCCAUGAUGGUCGAGGAAGUCGCGUCCAAGGCCCGAGAGGAGGCCUUGUCUUACAAGAAUGCUGUCGCUAACCUAGACGAGGAGAAGGGCCUUCUCAAGACUGAACUUGCCUCCGCCCGAGAAACCUUUCAAAGAAUGAAGGUGGAGUGCGUGAAUGGCGAGAUCGCUAGGAGCGCCACGGAGGAGGCUAAAAAGAAGGCUAUUGAGGAUCCCGAGGCGGAGCGG